AUGGCUUCAAGCUCUAUGAGCUCGAGCUCAUCUUGGACGUCUAAGCAAAACAAGAUGUUCGAGAGGGCCUUAGCCGUCUACGAUAAAGACACUCCCGACCGUUGGCAAAACGUGGCUAAAGCCGUCGGAAGUAAAUCGGCGGAUGAAGUCAAACGUCACUACGACAUCCUCGUUGAAGAUCUCAUGAACAUCGAACAAGACUUGGUCCCUUUGCCUAAGUACAAAACCAUCGAUGUUGGAAGUAAAUCAAGAGGCAUCAACGAUUUUGAUAUGAGGUUGAUGAAGAAUAUGAGAAUCCAGUGA